AUGAAAGGGUUGAUCUAUGGCAAGGUAACUGGAGACAGUGAACUAUUGAUGGUUUUAAAAAAGUGCACUGCGGUACUUCAUAACAAGCCAAUUAAGAAAUUGGAUGAUCCAGGCAAGUUUGUUCUCUCCAUACAAAUUGGGAGAACCGUAUUCGCUUGUUCUCUAUAUGAUAUGGGUUCCAGCAUCAAUCUCAUGCCUUACUCCGUGGCAAAACGACUGGGCUUCUCAGACUUCAAGUCGACAAGAAUCUCCCUGGCGUUCGCCGAUAGAUCAGUCAAGUCACCGGUGGGUAUUCUGGAAGACCUUCAUGUCCGAGUGGGUAACACGUUUGUUCCGACAGCUUUUGUGGUUCUGAAGGUUGAAGAAGAACCGAGAGAGCCACUCAUCCUAGGUCGUCCUUUCUUGUGCACAGCUGGUGCGAUCAUUGAUGUUCGACAAGGAAGGAUUGAUCUUCACCUAGGAGACAUUGCGAUGAAGUUUGAAAUGAAAAAAUUGCUGAAGAAACCAAUGCUAGAUACGCAGACCUAA